AUGAAGCUUAAAAGGCAAGUGAUAUGUCUUGUUAUCUUAUUGUGCGUUGGUGAGGCUCGCUCAGCAAACAGGAGGUUUUCUGUAGCGGAGGAAAUGGAGAUUGGUUCCUUUGUGGUAAAUAUAGCAAAAAGCCUGAAGCUGGAGGUGGGGGAGCUGUCUGCCAGGGCGGCUCGUGUCCUCUCAGAGGACAAUCAACAAUAUUUUCAGCUUAACCUGGGGACUGGAGAUCUGCUCCUAAGGGAGAAACUGGACCGGGAGGAGCUUUGCGGUUCCACGGAGCCCUGUUUGUUACCUUUCCAGAUCUUACUGGAAAAGCCCUUUCAGAUUAUUCCUAUGGAGCUCCGGAUCCAAGAUAUAAAUGACAAUUCACCCGCUUUCUUAGAAACUGAAAUGCUUCUGAUAAUCCCUGAGAAUACCCCACCAGGAACUCUAUUUUCUCUAAAAAACGCUGCGGAUUUGGAUGUAGGGGAGAAUAACAUUCAGAACUACAAGAUUUUUCCCAGUACCCAUUUCCAAAUUCACACUCGCUCCCUCGGUGAAGGCAAUAAAUAUCCAGAACUACUAUUGGACAAAGCUCUGGAUCGGGAGGAGCAUUCUGAGAUGAGAUUAACCCUUACAGCUUUAGAUGGUGGGUCCCCGCCAAGGUCUGGGGCAGCGGAAGUGAAGGUUGUAAUAAUGGACGCCAAUGACAAUAUCCCGAUAUUUACCCAGUCCCGAUAUGAAGUUCAGGUCUCUGAAAACAGCCUCAUUGGCUCUCUGAUUGUCACGGUUUCUGCUACAGAUUUGGACAUAGGAAAUAAUGGACAAUUAUCAUAUUCACUUUUUCAUCGUUCUGAAGAAAUUAGCAAAACGUUUGAAGUAAAUCAGAACUCGGGAGAAGUGAGGAUAAGAAAAAAAUUGGAUUUCGAGACAAUUCAAUCAUAUGAGGUGGAAAUUGAAGCCACAGAUGGUGGAGGUCUUUCUGGAAAAUGCACUGUUUUGGUCCAAGUGACAGAUGUGAACGACAAUCCCCCAGAACUCACCAUAUCUUCAUUGAGCAACCCUAUAUCUGAAAAUUUGCCUGAGACACUGGUCGCUGUGUUCAAAACACGAGAUCGUGACUCAGGAGAUAACGGGAAAAUGAUUUGCUCUAUCCAAGAUAAUCUCCCCUUCCUUCUGAAACCAUCUGUAGAUAAUUUCUACACUCUGUUAACCGAGAGAGAACUGGAUAGAGAGAAUAGGGCUGAAUACAACAUCACCAUUACUGUCAUGGAUUUAGGGACACCAAGAUUGAAAACUGAACACAACAUCACCAUCCUGGUCUCUGAUGUCAAUGACAAUUCCCCGGUAUUUACUCAGACAAUUUAUACACUCUACUUCCAAGAGAACAACAGCCCUGCCCUCCACAUUGGCAGUGUCAGUGCCAGUGACAGAGACUCAGGGACCAAUGCCAAAGUCACCUAUUCACUACUAACUUCUGAAAUCAGUGACUUACCCCUCUUCUCCUACAUUUCCAUCAAUUCAGACAAUGGCCAUCUCUACAUCUUGAGAUCCCUGGAUUAUGAAGCCAUUCAAACUUUCCAAUUCACUGUAAGAGCAACUGAUGGUGGCUCCCCAGGCCUAAGCAGCCAGGCUCUGGUUCAGGUUGUGGUCCAGGAUGAGAAUGACAACACUCCCUUUGUGCUAUAUCCAUUGCAGAAUGGCACUGCUCCCUGCAAUGAUCUGGUACCCAGGGCAGCAGAACCAGGUUACCUAGUGACCAAGGUAGUUGCUGUGGAUGGAGACUCAGGGCAGAAUUCCUGGCUUUCCUACCAGCUGCUCAAGGCCACAGACCCAGGACUCUUCACUGUGUGGGCCCACAAUGGGGAAGUGCACACUGCAAGGCCUAUUACUGACAAAGAUGCCAUCAAGCAGAGGCUUCUGGUGCUGGUGAAGGACAAUGGGGAGCCAUCUCUGUCCACAGAAGCUACACUAAAUGUGCUCCUAGUAGAUGGUUUCUCUGAGCCCUAUGUGAAGCUCUCUGAUGUAACUAAUGACAAUAUUAUGGCUGACUCUCUUACAUUCUAUUUAGUCAUUUCUCUAGCCUCAAUUUCCUUUCUCUUCUUAUUCUCCAUUACACUGUUCAUUGCAAUAUAUUUGUUGAGGAAAAAGAAGAGUGCUGGAGAUAGUGGCUAUUUUGGUUCAAAUGGACCAUACCCUAACCAUUUAGUGGACGUCAGUCAUUCUGGUACCUUGUCCCAGAGUUACCAGUAUGAAAUAUGUCUGACUAGUGGAUCUGGACCAAUGAGUUCAAAUUUCUGA